AUGGUUAUGGGAAUCCUAAAGUUAUCCCCCACUGCCAUUCUGGACAGGGAUUCUGCGAACAAGAAUAUAGUGCAUUUGGCAGUUGAAAAUAGGCGAACCAAACUGUAUGAGAAAUUAGCCAAGAAGAUCAGUAUCUACGAAGGUGCAUUUCGAGCUGUUGACAAUAGAGGGAACAGUGUGUUGCAUCUUGCUGCAACUUUAGGUGAUCAUCGGAGUUUUCCAUUUGGAACACUGCAAAUGCAGUGGGAAAUCAAGUGGUACUACGUGAAGGAUUCUGUACCACGAGAUUUCUUUAUCAGUCGCAACAAUGAAAACAGGACAGCAAAGGAGAUGUUCAAAAAGUCACACGAAGUAUUGGUAAAAGAAGGAGGCAAAUGGCUAAUCAGCACCUCCAAUUCAUGCUCUGUUGUGGCAACAGUUGUGACAACCGUGGCCUUUGCCACAACAGCUACCAUACCGGGCGGGAUGAAGGAAGACAACAGCACACCAAACCUCGAGCAUGAUCCGGGCUUCCUUGUCUUUGCCAUCUCAUCUCUAAUUGCUCUCUCAUUUUCUAUCACCUCUGUGAUCGCAUUUCUGGCCAUUCUUACCCCAAGACACAGCCCAAAGGAUUUUGAAAGACAGUUGCCAAAAAAGCUCUUGUACGCCCUAACAUUUCUUUUUAUAUCGUUAGCGGCCAUGUUGGUUAGUUUCUGUGCAGGCCACUUCUUUCUGGUGAGGGAUGACUUGCACCGUAAAGCAUUUCUGGUGUAUGGAGUAGUAUGUCUGCCAGUAGCUUAUUUUGCUAUGAAGCAGUUUCCCUUCUACAUUGAUCUUGUACUUGAUACCUUUAGGACGGUGCCGCGACAUAUGCCUAGCUAG